UAUGAACUUGUGGCUGUGGUAACUAGUGACGGCCGUCUGCUAGGCAGUAGGCACUAACGUUGGGUGCUAGCUUGUCCUCUUCGCAGCGGUAAAAGCUGUAUAAUGUUCUUACUACCAGUUUGUCUUGAUUCAUAAACAUGUCUGCAAAAGGAGCAGGAACGAGGGGUUUCUAUUUCAACACUGUAUUGUCCCUGGCGCGCUCUUUGGCUGCACACCGCCCAGCACCGAUAGAUAAGGUCCAAAAGCUCCAAUGCAUGUGUCCAGUGGACUUCCGAGGGGUGUUCCAGCUGGACGAGAGGAGGAGGGAUGCGGUCCUAGCUCUGGGUAUCUUCCUGGUCAAGUCUGACCUACAGCACAAAGAUUCUAUCGUCCCCUACCUGCUGGGGCUGCUGAAGGGACUUCCCAGAGUCCAGUGGAUCGAAGAAAGCUCUGGAAACAAAGGGCGCGAUAUCCUUCCGGUGGCAGAGAACUUCUGCUUCUGUCUGGUUACUCUUCUCUCAGACGUGGCCCAGCGAGAUGACACCCUGCGAGGACAGAUCCUGGAGGCCGUCAUGGACAUAAUGCAGGUCCUGCUGGACAUCUGCUUGAACUCAGAGGAACAUGAUAAAGAAUACCUGUGCAGGUACACUGUGCCCUGCUUGUUGGGUGUGGCCCGGGCCUUUGGUCGCUAUAGCAACACGGAGGAGCCCCUGUUGUCCAAGCUUUUUCCGCGGGCGGAAGCCCCGCCAGUGUCCACUGGCAAUGAUGUCGACCCAUCACGACGGCGCUCCUUCAACGACUUCCGCUCCAUCAUGCCGGCCUCGCUGCUCACAGUCUGUCAGGGAGACACCAUCAGACGCAAAGGAAGCUCCGUGUCCAGCAUAUCACAACAGGCCAGUCCAGAGAGAGCAGGACUCACCCCCAGCUCCCCAGCUGACCCCUCAGCACAGUACUUUGAAGGCUCCUAUCUCCCUGAUGGUAGUGCUGUGGACCCAGACUAUUACUUCUCCACCAUCAGUUCUAGUUUCUCUGUGUCUCCUCUGUUUACGGGUAGUGCCCAGGGAGAGUUUGACGUCCCUCUGGACGUUCUGCGUCAGCUGCUCAACAUGGUUGAGCAGUUUGUCUCUGAAUCCUUUCUGAAAACACUGGAUAACACCCUGCAGGAACUUCUGGAGUUGAACCCAGGUAUGCACCUGCACUACAGGACCUUCAGUGAUCCUCUGUAUGUGACCAUCUUCAAGAUGCUCAGAGACACGCUGUACAACCUGAAAGACCUGCAGACAGGCUAUGUGAAAGAGGUUCAUGACUUUGUGCUGAAGCAGUUCAGUAGUAGCCAGUCAGAGCUGCAGAGGAUCCUACAUGAUGUAGAUCACCUCCACAGUGAGCUGAGUCCUCUGAAGCUACGCUGCCAGGCUAACGCUGCCUGUGUCGACCUCAUGGUCUGGGCUGUCACUGAGGAGCAGGGAGCUGAGAACCUGUGUACCAAGCUGUCAGAGAAACUGCAGUCCAAGACGUCCAGUAAAGUAAUCAUCGCUCACAUUCCCCUGCUCGUCUGCUGUCUACAGGGUCUGGGUCGUCUGUGUGAGCGGUUCCCGGUGGUGGCCCACUCUGUCACCACGUCUCUCAGAGACUUCCUGGUGGUCCCCUCUCCUGUCCUUGUCAAGCUGUACAAGUACCACAGCCAGAACACCACAGGGACUGGAGAGAUCAAGAUCCAUGUGACCAAUGAGCACUCCCAGUCUACGUUCAGUGCUCACGCUAAUAAGAAGAGCCAGCCCUCCAUGUACGAACAGCUCCGAGACAUCUCCAUUGACAACAUCUGCAGGUGUCUGAAGGCAGGUCUGACUAUGGACAGUGUUAUAGUGGAGGCUUUCCUGGCCAGCCUGUCCAACCGUCUCUACAUCUCUCAGGAGAAUGACAAGGAGGCCCAUCUGAUCCCAGACCACACCAUCAGAGCGCUGGGUCACAUCGCGGUGGCUCUGAGGGACACGCCCCGCGUCAUGGAGCCCAUCCUGCAGAUCCUACAGCAGAAGUUCUGCCAGCCGCCGUCACAGCUAGACGUACUCAUUAUAGAUCAGCUGGGAUGCAUGGUCAUCACUGGGAACCAAUAUAUCUACCAGGAGGUGUGGAACCUGUUCCAGCAGAUCAGUGUGAAGGCCUCCUCCAUGGUCUACUCCACCAAGGACUACAAGGACCAUGGAUACAGACACUGUUCCCUGGCUGUGAUCAAUGCAUUAGCUAACAUAGCUGCCAACCUGGCAACAGAGCAGAUGGUUGAUGAGUUGCUUGUCAACCUACUGGAGCUGUUUGUGCAGCUGGGACUGGAGGGAAAGAGGGCCAGCGAGAGGGCCUCGGACAAGGGCCCUGCACUGAAGGCGUCAAGCAGUGCUGGAAACCUUGGUGUACUCGUUCCUGUUAUUGCUGUGCUGACGAAGCGUCUGCCGCCCAUCAAGGAAGCAAAGCCUCGCCUGCAGAAGCUGUUCAGAGACUUCUGGCUCUACUCUGUGGUGAUGGGCUUCGCUGUUGAGGGAUCAGGUCUGUGGCCAGAGGAGUGGUAUGAGGGAGUGUGUGAGAUCGCCACCAAGUCUCCCCUCCUCACCUUCCCCAGUGGAGAACCCCUACGCUCUGAACUACAGUACAACUCUGCCCUGAAGAACGACACCGUCACAGCGGCGGAGCUGAAUGACCUGAGGAGCACCAUUAUAAACCUGCUAGAUCCUCCUCCUGAGGUGUCUGCUCUCAUCAACAAACUAGACUUCGCCAUGUCGACCUACCUACUGUCUGUCUACAGGCUGGAGUACAUGAGGAUGCUGCGUGCUCUGGACUCUGACCGUUUCCAGGUAGAUGUUCCGCUACUUUGAGGACAGGACCAUCCAGA